AUGACUCUCUCGCAAGUCGGUGUGCGACCCCAAGUCGCAUCCGCAGCGCUACACGCACCCUCCUCCAAAUCCGCCGCACGCGCCACGUCAGCCAGAUCCACGUCGUCAGCGAACGUGUGCGCAGUCAGCGCGUCGGCAAUCCCUAAGCCGCUCGAAUGGCUCGAGGUGUCUGGCAGCCCGUUCGAGCGCGGCUGCGCGAUCGGCGUGCGAUUCGGCGACAAGAUCCGCGACCGCGUCUCCAAGGCGCCGUUUCUGCACGACGAUAUGAUUCCGUUCGCACGGACGGGUGAAGGAGCUUGGCUGCUGGAAAUGUUUUCCGAGUCCAACAAGGCGCUAUACCCGGAGUACUGGGAGGAACUCCGAGGCAUGGCAGCUGGCAGCCGCGUUCCGUUUGACGAGCUGCUGCUUCUGAACCUUCGCAAGGAGUUCGGCCCCUUUCUGCCGUCACUCAACGCUCCUGCCACGUCAGCACUGCUGCCUGAGCUGGCCUCGCCGGCUAUGACUGGAUCUGGUGGUUCUGGUGCUGCCUCGUUGGACAGGGCGCUGCAGUAUGGCAUGUCGUCUGACGACUGCUCUGACGUGUUACUGCUCACGGAUGACGUGGCAGCAGUGGGGCACAACGAGGAUGCGGACUACUCGAUUGUGGAUAACACCUUCCUGGUGCACGUGCACGCCGACAGCGGUGUUGCCUUCACUGCGUACACCUAUGCGGGCGAGCUCCCAUCUGUGGCAUUCGGGUUCAAUAACGCCAGAAUGGGAUUCUCCAUGGACGCAGUACCCCCAGCGCCGUCAGAAGUGGUGAAGGGAGGCAUAGGGCGCAACUUUGUUGCUCGCAGCCUCAUGGAGUCACAGUCAAUAGAGGAUGCCGUGCAGCGUGUGACUGGCCCAGCGGUGGCAGUGGGGCAUCACUACGUGGUGAUGGACUUUGCUCACCGGCGAAUCGCGUCCGUUGAAACCGCAUCCAAUGGCCGGCAUAGCAUCCUGGAGCUGGGCCCAAACCCUAAGUUGGGAAGCCAGGCUGACCCUAAUGGUGCUGCUUCUAAUGAUGUUGCUUCAAACGGUGCUGCUUCUGCUAACGGUGCUGCUGCUGGUGCGGAAGGCACGGCAUACAUAUUCCAUGCCAACGCAUACACGAGGCUGCAGCUGCAUGAGCAGAUGGGCCCCAGUGCUCACCGCAGAGAGGCCACUGCCAGACGCCUGGGCGCUCCCACAACCACCCACGACAUGCUUAAGAUCCUAUCCAACUCAGACGACAAAGAGUAUCCCAUCUUCAAUGAGGGAAACCCCUUCGAGAUUGGAGGCCCGGUCAUCCACACGCUGCAUACCGCACUCUUCAGCCUGGAUGCUGGGAAACUUAGCGUCUUUGGCGGGCGAUCCACAGAUGGCAACGUGCUGCAUGAGUUUGAUGUCUGA